AUGGGCUCAUCAUUUUCAUUCUUGAUUUCACAAGAAAAUUAUCUGGCAGCCCCUUCGCCGGUGCCGGGACUCGGGGAUUUGCCGGAAAGCUGUGCGGCGUCGGUUCUUGUGUACUUAGACCCACCGGAGAUAUGUAAACUUGCAAUACUGAAUAAGGCUUUUAAUGGGGCCUCUUCUGCGGAUUCUGUGUGGGAGUCUAAAUUACCUAAGAACUAUGGGUCUGUAAUUCAAAGGGUUUUUGGGGAGAGUGAUGUUUUUUCUAAAGAUUUGCGUAAAAGAGAUAUAUAUUCCAGGCUUUGUCGACCCAAUUCUUUUGAUGGGGGAACAAAGAAAGUCUGGUUAGAUAAGAGAACUGGAAAGACUUGUAUGUCAAUAUCUUCGAAUGGGUUGGCAAUUACAGGGAUUGAUGAUCGGAGAUACUGGAGUCGGAUUCCGACCGAGGAAUCGAGGUUCCACUCUGUUGCAUAUCUGCAGCAAAUCUGGUGGCUUGAAGUGGAUGGCGAGGUCGAGUUUCCAUUCCCUGCAGGGUCCUAUAGCCUGUUUUUCCGACUGCAACUGGGACGUGCAUAUAAGAGGUUCGGCCAAAGACUUUGCAACUCCGAACAUGUUCAUGGUUGGGAUAUAAAGCCAGUGCAAUUCAAACUCUCAACUUCAGAUGGACAGCAAGCGACAUCCCAGGUUUACUUGAAAGAACUUGGAAAAUGGAUUUACUAUCAUGCCGGGGAUUUUUUUGUUGCGGAUUCCAGCAAAUCGACUAAAGUUAAAUUUUCAAUGACACAAAUCGAUUGCACACACACUAAAGGUGGUCUUUGUGUAGAUUCUGUAAUAGUGUAUCCUAGUGAGUUUAGAAAGAGGUUGCAGCGUUUUUAA